AUGCCUGCCGCGGCGCCCGACUUCUUUUCCGACGCGCUCCGCCGCGAGAUCAUCGGCAGCGAGCAGCGGCGCAUGCGGGUGCUCGCCCUCAUCCUGGCGGCGUUGCUUGCUCUGUCGCUGGCGGUCGCCAAUCUCUUCCCGUCCUACACGUCCCGCAUCUUCGAGCGCGAUGUGCCGGGCUGGCUUCCGUUCAUCGGCAUCGGUCCCUUCCUGCUGUACGAGCUGGGCUCGCUCACCUUCCUCGGAUAUCGCGCAUCGAGGGGCCUGGAUUUCCCGCGGCUGGGACGCUUCGGCAAUGCCUUCAUAGAGACCUCGCUGCCGGCCGCGAUCAUCAUCACGCUCAGCCACUACAUGGAUCCGCUGCUGGUCUUCAGCUUCUGGCCGCCGUUGCUCUAUUUCAUCUUCAUCCUGCUAUCGACCUUGCGGCUCGACUUUCUGGCUGUCGGUCUGGACCGGAAGUGUCGCGGCCGUGCAGCAGAUGGUGCUGGUGCUGUGGCUGCUGCCGAUCGAACCGUGGGCCAACAUUCCACAGGAAACACUGCUGUUCCACUUCAGCCGGACCCUCGUCCUGUUCACCAGCGGCCUGGUUGCCGGGUUCGUUGCCAACAGCCUGCGCAGUCAGUUCGAGAAGUCGGUGCGCGCGGUGGCGGCGCGCGACCGCGUCACCAACCUUUUCGGCCAGCAUGUCUCGCCGGCGGUGGUCGACCGGCUGCUGGCCACGCAAAGCGAGCCGCCGAGCGAGAUCCGCACCGUCUGCGUGCUGUUCCUCGACAUCAGGGGCUUCACCGCGAUGACCGCCGUCGCUCGGCCGAGGAGACGGGCGGCGAGCGCAUCGAGGUUGAAGUCCUGGCCUGUGACGGCCGACUGGUCGAGCACGGUCGACGUGACACCCCGCGGCUUGAAGGAGUCGAUCACCACGGUCGCGAUACCCAUCGGCGCCAGCUCGCGCACGUAGCGUGCCUCGCGCUCGCCGACGCCGCCGCUGCCGUGAUGGAUCACCAUCGCCGGCACCGGUGCUGUCGCAUUGGCAGGCCAAGUGAUUUCAGCCGUGACCCGGACGGGCUGACCCUUCUGGCGGCUCUCGAAGGAGAUGGUCUCGCGCUGCUGUGCCUGUACCGCCGUCGAAAGAGCGGCACAGGCGAGCACGGCGCAGGCGGCGGCGCGUGCCGCCCGCAACAUCUAGGCCGGAACCUUCUGCUUCUCGGCGGUGACCUUGUUGGCCAUCGGGUCGUAGCCGGCCAGUUCGGCCACGUCUUCCUCGUGCCAGAAGUUCAGCUCGAUCAUCACGCCAUCGGGAUCGUGGACGAAGACCUGCUGCAGCGGACGCGCCGGCACCUUCUUCACCUCGAAGGCCACGCCGUCCUUCUUGAUCUGGUCGAGCGUGCCGCGGAUGUCGGCGCAGUUGAUGGCGAUAUGGUCGAUGGCGCCGCUGCCCUGGUCGGCGCGACCGGUUUCCGAAACGAGAUGCAGGAUCGCCUUCUUCGCCGGCGUACAUCCAGGCGCCGGGAAAGGGGAACGGGCGGGCGCUCGCCAUUGGUCAGGCCGACAUAG